AUGCGCGCUCAUUCCUUGGCUGUCUUCCUGACCGAGCUGGCAUGUCUGGUUCACGGUACUCCAGUGGAGCCGGUGCUUCGAGACGAUGUUGCUGCACCACACGCUCCCGAGAUCACGCCCGCUCCCGCGCUGAAGCAGCCUCCAACUCGGACACUUGAGAUUCAGAAGAGGGCUGAUAUCUGGGGUGCUUUCGAGUCUGGGGUCAACUCAAUCUUUUCCGGGCUCGGGUCGAGCAUCCCAUCCUAUGUCGCCUCGGGAGUUCCCAACUUCUUCCAGGACUUCCCCACAGGUGACAAAGUCCAGAGCUCCCUGGGCAUUGAUGACAAUCAGGUUCGGGCGUUACCGACGCAGGUUCUCAACAUACCGCCGUAUGGAAACUGGAGCAACAAUGCUUGGAACAUUAGGUUCAGGGGCAAUGUAUACAAACAGCCCAACACGAGCCGGGAGAAGCUAGACGACCUCGCCAAUAUCUUUCUCAUUGGUGUCGACAUUAAGGAUCUGCCGCCCAGCGAGCAAGACCAAGCCCGCAAUCUGACUGCCUCCAUCUUCAUUCUGCAGCAAAGCCACCAAAAUGUUUCCAUGGAUAUCAAACCAGCACCAUCUGUCGGCUCCGAUGGUGGCGCAGCCAACACCACUGGGGGCGAUCAGAAUGUCAACCUACCAACUCUUACCACCAGCGAGGGUGACUUUGACGAGUUUGUUCCUAUUCAGCUCAAUGGUUUGACCCCAGGCGACAGGACCCAAAGCAUCCAGCGCCUCAACCUGUACACCAAUGGCUCCCAGCUUGGGAACGCAACUGCAUACCUGGUGCCGCCCGAGGGCUAUACUGUCAUCUCUGACAUUGAUGACAUUCUGAGGGUAACCAAGAUCUACGUGCCCAAGGAGGGUCUACUCAACUCCUUUGCCCGUCCAUUCACCCCUUGGGAGAACAUGCCAGACAUUUACGCCAACUGGGCCCGCUCCAACCGGGACUUGCACUUUCACUAUCUGACCACCACGCCCGAGCAAGCCACCCGCAUCUACAUGGACUACAUCUACAAGACGUAUCCAGCAGGUAGCUUCGAUACCCGUCCACUCAACUUCUCCGACGUGAGCGCGACCCUCUCCAUCCGGAAAUACCUCCUCGACCGUAUCUUCCAGACCUUUCCCAAGCGCAAGUUUGUCCUGGUAGGCGACAUUUCCAACUCGGACAUCAUGAAGGACUACCCCGGGAUGGCCAAGGAGUACCCGGGUCAGGUCAGCUGCAUCCUCCUGAGGAACACGAGCGCCACCGAUGACCAGAUGCUGUUCCCCUACAACACCAAGGAGUUCAAGGAUGUGGACCAGAAGAACUACAUGUUCUUCAGGACGACUGAGGAUUUGGCCGGCAUCGACGUCAGCAAUGGUGGUUGCUACAACACCUCGGUGCCGCAAAAUGUCACUUUCGACUUACAGGCUGAACGCUUGAAGAGGGGUGCUGCAGGUCGGUUGGGAUUCAGCACCGGUGUUACCAUUGUGGUUUCUGCCGUUGUUGCGGCGCUGCUGACCGUCUAA